AUGUCGACAGACAACCCGCCCCAGAUGUUAUUUUUCGAUAUGUUUGGCACAGUAGUUUCGUGGCGUACAUGCGUCACGGAAGAGCUGAGUGUGGCUGCCGUACAUAUUGUUAAUUAUCCCAGCAAGGACCUCCCAGCCGACUUGCGGGACCGUGCUGCGGCCAUGACCAGUGACGACUGGCUGGCUUUUGUCGCAGAAUGGCGGCAGACUUACAAUGUGUUCACUAGUACAUUUGACACAUCCGAAAAGUUUAUGUCCGUCGACCAGCACCACUACAAUGCGCUUCAGGUCCUCUUGCGGCAGCGCGGUCUGGAGGGCCUGUUCACUGACGAGAAGCUGUGGGAACUCUCUUUCGCGUGGCACCGGCUCAACCCUUGGCCGGAUAGUGUGAAAGGUCUUGAGUUGUUGAACCGGCGCUUUGCCACUUCUACCCUGUCGAAUGGGAAUGUCUCUUUACUGCAGGACCUCCAACGUCAUGGAUCACUGCCUUUCACGCAACUUGUUAGUGCGGAGAACUUUGGGGCUUACAAGCCUUCUCCAUUGGUUUAUAAGGGUGCUGCCAGGAAGUUUGGACUGGAGCCAGGCCAGUGCGGAAUGGUUGCAGCGCAUCUGCGCGAUUUGAAGGCUGCCAAGAGCUGUGGGUUUCAGACUAUCUAUGUUGAGCGUGAGCUAGAGGAAGAGAUGUCACAGGAGCAGGCUGCGAACGCCAAGACUGGCGGGUACGUGGAUAUGUGGAUUGAUCUUGAGUCUGAUGGCUUCCGAGAGGUGGCUAGGCGAUUUGGGGUUGAGUAA